AUGGAAAAUACUCAAAUAAACCUUGAUACCCUGGAAAGAACUGCUGCUUGGGUUCAGCAAGUUUCUCAAAUGAAGGAACAAGCGAUGGAGGAGGACCCUCAGCCUCCGGACAGCGGUUUGGAGGAAACGGAAAACAGUGAUGGACAGCCGCUCAGUCAGUUUCAUAACAUCUACCAACAACUACAGGACCAGUUCAACACAUCAUCUGGGAGUGAAGUUGAUAUACCAAGUACAGUUAAAGAAUUCAAAGAUGUGUUGGAGAAAUUUGGAAUUUCACAACGGUUUGCAGCUAAGAAUAUUAUGGAGAAGACCAGUCAAGGCAACCUCAGUUUUCUGUUGGACAAAGGUCGUAAUAAACAGUGGCACGAACUCAGUCCCCGUGGUCGUGUUCCAUAUGUACGUAUGCGACGGUGGCUAGACAGUACAGACGAACAGAAACACACCAUGUCUCUACUACAGAAAUCAAAAGAAUAUAAGAAGACCGGCCCUAAGGAUGGAUUUGGUCGUAGAGAAAAGUUCACAGUUUUUCAGUUGAUGGUACUGUGUCGGUUCUUUGAGGAGGACCCAAAUCCAAAUCUGUCAACUCGAGCACUUCUUGCUGAGAAACUUGGGGCCCCUGUCGACCGAAUCACCAUCUGGUUUCAGAAUCAGCGUGCACGAGGAUUCCCAGCAAAGAAAAUGCUCAGCCAAUCAAAUUUCUCCAGAAAGACUGCUGGUGCUAUGGAUACAGUUACCUCAUCUACCAGUAGAACUGAUGCUAGUUUACAAGCGGCAAGCUUUCCACAUAGUCACGCAACGCCGUUUAAUCUCUCAACUCAUUUAUUACAAAGUAUGUCACAUCUACCUCCAAGUUUACAAGGUCAAAAUUCCGCUAGUCUUUCAUCCUCUGACCUCUCGGACUCAUUCCGUGGUCAGUCUUUACCAAUGGCUGCUCAUGUUAAGAGCAAGCCGUAUGUAAAUCGACUUUUACCAGCUCAUUUACAAGGUCAAAGUCAUUUAAAUGGUCAGAGUUAUUCUUCUUCUCGAGGACAAAGUCAUGUACCUGAUAGUACUAUGACAGAAACGACUACGCAGUCCGACAUACUUCAAAAGUCAAUCAAAGUAGAGUUUCAACAGAAAUGUGAAAUAAGUGACAAACCCACAGAUAGUAAUAAUAGAGACCAACCUCUUAACUUUUCUACUAGUAAUAACACAGUUAAUACCCCUACAUAA